GUGCCGGGCGGUCACGUGGAGCCCGUUCGCUUCCGGGUUCCCCGGGACCGGCCAUGCUGCGGCUGGGCCCGCUCGCCGCUGCCGCCGGGCGCCUCCUGCCCGCCGGGCCCCGCUUGGGGUCGACGCGCGCCGCCAGGGGCUGGGUGACCCACUCUCGGGCCUGGCCGCCGGGGCCGGGGGGUGACCGCGGCCUCCUGUCCCGGCAGGUACGGGCGGUGACGGGCUCGGCCCACGGCGGCGGUCGGGGCCCGGUUCUGAAGACGCCCAAGGUAACAGCGGGGGAGCGGGGGCGGCGCCGGCGGUUACCGGGCGUUGUUCCCCCGUUGUCCCCGCCGCUGACGGCCGCUCUCCGUCCCGGGGCAGGGCACCCGCGACCACCCCCCGGCUCAGGCGGCGCUCCGGGACCGGCUCCUCGCCGCCGUGGUGGCCUGCUUCAAGCGGCACGGGGCGGCCGCCAUCGACACCCCCGUGCUGGAGCUGCGGGAGACUCUGACAGGGAAGUACGGGGAGGAGGCGAAGCUCAUCUACGAGCUGCAGGAUCAGGGAGGGGAGCUGCUGGCCCUGCGCUACGACCUGACCCCCCCCAGGUGCCCUUUGCUCGCUAUUUGGCGAUGAACAAGAUCACCAACAUGAAGCGCUACCAUGUCGCUAAGGUCUACAGGCGGGACAACCCGGCCACGACCAGGGGCCGCUACAGGGAGUUCUACCAGUGCGAUUUUGACAUCGCUGGGCAGUUCGACCCGAUGAUUCCUGACGCCGAGUGCCUGAAGAUCGUGCACGAGAUUCUGAGUGACCUGCAGCUCGGGGACUUUCUCAUUAAGGUCAAUGACAGACGGAUUUUGAAUGGUGUGUUUGCCGUCUGCGGCAUCCCAGAGAGCAAGUUCAUAACUACGUGCUCUACUGUGGACAAGCUGGACAAGAUACCAUGGCAGGACGUGAAGAAUGAGAUGGUAGGAGAGAAGGGGCUCUCUCCCGAGGCUGCGGAUCGCAUUGGGGAGUAUGUCCAGCUUCACGGUGGCCUGGACCUGAUUGAGCGGCUUCUGCAGGACCCCAAGCUGUCCCAGAACAAGCUGGCCAAGGAGGGGCUGGGGGACAUGAAGCUGCUGUUUGAAUACCUGACCCUGUUUGGCAUCACAGGGAAGAUCUCUUUCGACCUGAGCCUGGCGCGGGGUCUGGACUAUUACACGGGGGUGAUCUUUGAGGCUGUCCUGCUGCAGCAGGAGAACGACCACAUGGAGGAGCCGGUCAGCGUUGGGAGCGUGGCUGGAGGCGGUCGCUACGACGGGCUGGUGGGGAUGUUUGAUCCCAAGGGACGGAAGGUGCCCUGUGUGGGGGUCAGCAUUGGGAUCGAGCGGAUCUUCUCCAUCCUAGAGCAGAGGGCGAAGGCUUCUGGGGAGAAAGUUCGAGCAACUGAGACAGAAGUGCUGGUGGCUACACCUCAGAAACAGUUACUCGCUGCGAGACUGAAGCUCAUCUCCGAGCUGUGGGAUGCAGGGAUCAAGGCAGAGAUGUUCUACAAGAAGGAUCCUAAACUGCUGAAGCAGCUGCAGUAUUGCGAGGACACGGGGAUCCCCCUUGCUGCCAUUGUAGGAGAGCAAGAGCUGACAGAUGGAGUCGUCAAGCUGCGAGAUGUAGCAACAAGAGAGGAGGUUGAUAUCCCAAGAGAAAAGCUUGUUGAUGAGAUCAGAAGAAGGCUGGAGCCCUAGGACUUCUCUGGCCAGAGCUGCUUGACUGAACUGUACAACUGGAACCCUCCAGCGCCCUUUGCUGUUCACUUCCUGCUGAAGUCGGUCAUCUGAGGCUCAUCUGCCUGGGCUAAGGCGGUGUCAACACACGACAUCUGCUUGGAAAGGAGCCAAGCGGGUUUUAAAAGUUACGGACAGUGCAGUCACCGGGUUAACCUUCUGGUUAACUGCUCUGAAGGACGGGUCAAACUCACGGGUUCCUAAUAUUGCGGUACCUGUGACUGCGCAGCUGUUGCCGUCCGCCGUAGGCGGUCGUGGUGAUGGCCCGGGCAGACAUGGAUUGUGGUGCUGCUCAAGCAGGAUCAGGCCGAGCUCCAGAGCACGGGGGGGGCAAUCUGUGGCGCGGUGGGCGCCUGCAGGCUCAGGAUGUAGGGAGAGGGUGGAAACGAAAGGCCAGCCCUUACCCCUCUGAGGGCCAGACCCACCCGGACGGGCCCAGCCUGUGGGGAGCACGGGCCCCCUCAGGGAGGGACACAGCAGGGGGCUGGCUCCGGCUGGGGCGGCCGUGGAGGAGCUCUGUAUUUUUUUUUUUUUUUUUAUAUAUAUAUAUUAAAAAAACCCAAA